UGAAAUUUUAAAAUUUCCCUUGUCGUCAUUACAGAAGGGAGAAUAAAACUGGAAUCAACUUGAGAUCAUAAAGUGUUAAUAUGGACGAAGGUUAAAAUUACUCGUAUAUGUGUGACCAAAGCAUGUAAAACACUUCAUUAUAAUGUAGUGGAAUGUAGAAGGAUAACACGCUAUUCAGUAUAGAGACAACGUUAGGCUGGGGAAAUAUGGCGCAUCUGGAGUCUAAGAGUCCGGAUACAUCUUUCACUUUAUUCGUUGUUUUACCAACGGAAGAAGUUUGUACCCUCCGAAGGAUUCCCUCCGGUAUAUAUGUUAACGAAGUCAAAGGGAAACUAGAACUAGCUGCAGGACUCCCCUCCAACAUUUACAUGCUAACUUAUCCCGAUGGGGAAUGUCUAAGCGAUAGAGAAAGGCUACUCAUCCAGGAAAACGUUAGGGACGGGUACCUAUUGCGAGCCCAAAUAAUGGACAACUGGGAUACGCUAUAUAAUGCUGUAGUCCAGAACAACACGGAAUACGUGUAUCACAGCGGCGGUGUCCAUGUGAAGGGCAACAUCAUGGUAGGUCAGGAUGACACCGGGAAAAUAGAGAAUAUGGUACGGGAACGCGCUACAGCGGCGCUCUUUAUCGCAGCCUAUUCCGGACUAGUGAAGAUGUGCAAUCUGUUGAUAUCAAUAGGUGUAAAUAUGAAUGGAUCUACACAUUUUGGCAGAACAGCCUUACAUGCAGCAGUUUGCAAAGACCGUAUUCAAAUUGUCAACAUGUUGCUAGAUGCUGGCGCGUCAGUUCAUGUUUACGAUAGGUAUUCUCAAAGUCCCGUAGAUGUAGCAAAAUCAUACAAUUCCUUUCAGUGCGAAAAAAGACUUCGUCUUAUGCAGUUAAAUUUGCGAGGUUUGAAGGACUUACAGGGCAAAAACUCUUAUUCAAAUCUGCAUCGUAAAGGCAGGAUAUCGAGUACUCCACAAAUAGCCCAUUAUGACAGUGAAGCAGCGAGAAGCACCAAACCUAAAUCUACGUCAGCUGGUACAAACAGACAAUAUUCUGAAAGUGCUUCAUCACACAAUAAGAACGAGCAACCAAAGAAACUCCUGUCUGCACGGUCCGACAAGAACAACAACGCAAUCAAAACAAGGACAGACGGGUAUUGGGUGAUAUCUCAAACCAACCCCAGACAAAAAGAGUUGGAUGGCGCUCUAGAAAAAAGAUAUCUUAACUUUUUAGAACAUCACGACAAACUUAUCCAAAAUAAACAAUAUCCCUUAUCUGCUAGUAAAUAUAGAAUUCUAAAGUUCAAAAAAGAUUCCGCUGAUAUGGCUGUUGGAAAUCCCUCUCUUCCGGAAGAAUCCAAAUUAACACCCGGAAGGAUAAUUGCACCUGUUCCGGUUGAUACAGUUGAAAUACAUGUUCAAACUGAACACCAGAAAGAGUCGAACAAAAUUAACUCCCCAAAAAACACAGAAGAGCCGUCUUUGUCGAAUUCCACAAGAGAGUCAGACAAACAUACAUGUGAUAGUGACAACAAUAUUCGAAAAAGCAGUUUAAAAUCGGGAACUUCACAAUUACCAAAAAGAGUUCGUUUUUCAGCAAAGUUAAGGUCUCUGAAGAAUCUUGCAAAACCCGAGACAAUGGAAUCUUUUAAGGACUUGAAAAGAAAGAUUUCCAUAGCUGCCAAUCGCACUGACAGUGCAAGAUCAACGUCAUCUAGAAAUUCAGGGAUUACACAUGAGUCUUGGUUACAGAGAAAGCAGGCGGAGGAACGGAAGCUUAGAUCCGAUUCCUCAGACUCUAGCGAUAGUGAGGACAAUGCUGGAGACUCUGAUGCCUUCAAAGAAUGGAUAAAAAAGAAAAAGGAGGCCAAUUACGGUCCUCCGAGAACAAUAACUAGACCUAUACCUGGCCUGAUUCAGAUAGGCUCAACUGAUGUAGGUGAUGGAAGAAACCCUGAUCCGAUUCAUAAUAUUAAAGCGUAUAAGAAUUGGAUAGGGAAGAGGCAGAAGACAAAAAGGAUUCCAAACGUGGAGAGAUUGAGGACUAUGCAAGACUUCAUGGCACAUAAAAAGAAAUUAGAGGAGAAACGACAACAGUUGUUAAUGAUUGCAAUUACUUACGAAGAGUGGAUGGACUUUAAUGAAGAAAAGAAAUUAUUAAUCCAAAAAAUUCUCCGUGCAGACCUGGAAGAACUAAAAAACAUGGAAAAAGAACUUUCUAUGAAAAAAGCCCCUCAUCAGAUUUCUUUUGAAGACUGGAAGGAAAAAGCAAAGAAACGAAGAGAAGAGGAGCUUAUUAGACGUGAAAAGCAAAAAAGGUUUCUGGAAGAGGAACAACGAGACAAGAGAGUGAAUGGGCGUAGUAGUGCUGCCAUCCCACAUGCCGAAUGGUUACGGUUGAAGAGAACCUCCGAACCCCAACCUCGCCAUUCAGUGUCCCCAAGGCCAGACUCCAUGUGUGGUUCUGCGCAGACUCGAAAAGAGGCCGAGGAGACAUAUCAAAAAUGGUCGUCUGCAAGGCUAGAGGAUGGCGCCAAUACUCCAUUGCCAUAUGAAAAACAAUUACGUAUAGGUUCAAAGAGUUUAUCACCACUCGUCAGCGUGCGGUAGUCUUUGUUACUUACUUAAAAGUUGAUCGUACUUCCAUUGAUUUUCAAUUAGAUAAUCUGCACAAAAUAUAUGUAAUGAAUGUGGACAUGUUUAAAAGUAUUUUAAUGUUUUUCUUAACAUUUGUAAUAUUCACCUAUUUCAGUAAGGUUACUAAAAUAG